AUGGUGCUGCUGCUGCUGCUGCUGUUGCUGCUGCAAGUGCCUUCUGCAGACUGUGGGAUGCUGAAGGCAAAAUGCUCUUUGACUCUGGAGAGGGAUCAAGUAGAUCUGUUCAAUCAUUACAGGCCAGGAGACCACCUCAUCGGUGGAGUCAUCUCUGCCACAAGUGCUUUGCUUCAUCCACACCUCUUCAACAAGCCUCCCUCUACCAGCUUGAAUGGGAAGUCAUUUUAUGGGAAAAGAAGCACAGAUUACUGGCAGUCCCUCUCCUUCUUCUUUGCCAUUCAGGAGAUCAACCAAAACCCCAGGCUCUUACCUAACAUCACCCUGGGCUACAGCAUCCAUGACAACUUUUUUAAAGAAAGGUUGACAUAUGAUGCUUUGUUAGACCUGCUGUCUCCUGGGGAGGCAAAUGUGCCAAACUACAGCUGUGGAGGACGGAAUAAUUUACUGGCUAUUCUUGAAGGGUCUGACUCUCAAAACUCCAUCCAGAUUUCAAGCUUAUUGGGCAUCUAUAAAAUCCCUCAGGUCAGUUAUGCUUCCGUCUCUCCUGUUCUGAGUGAUAAGACCCAGUUCCCUUUUUUCUACCGGAUGGUCCCCAAAGAAGAAGCCCAGUACCCAGGGAUUGUCAAGCUGCUCCUGCACUUCAGAUGGACGUUUGUUGGUCUCCUUGCUUUUGACACUGACAAUGGAGAGAGGUUCAUGAAGACCAUGCCACCUGUACUCCGCAGGAGUGGCAUUUGUGUUGCCUUCUCACAAAGCUUCCGACGACCGAAUACAAAUCAAAUAUGGCUCAAUCCUCUUCCAUUCCUCAAGUGGAGACAUGUCCAUGUAUUUGUUUACUAUACAGAGACUGAUAUUGUCUCAAUGGGAAUACUUAUUCUACAAUUAAUAUUUGACAGGUACAUCAACCCCACUGAAGGGAAAGUCUUGAUCACAACAGCUAUAUGGGACAUCUCCUUGGACUUAAUGUACAAUCCCUUAUAUUUCCAAUACUUCCAUGGUAUUUUUUCCUUCUUUAUCGAGAGAAAAAAAAGGACAACCUAUGACGAUUUUCUGCCCUUCUUCUCUGUUAUUGAGCAGUUUGGGGAGAAAUCUUUUAAUUGCUCAUAUAUCAAGCAUGUGUUGUCAGUGAAAGGCCGGACAAGAUGCAGAGAGAGAGACAAUCUGGAGAUGCUGACUCAAGACAAUCUGGAAAGAAUCCUUUCUCUAGACAGCUACAGGAUUUACAACACUGUCCAAGCCAUGGCAUGGGCCUUAGUCAUCGCUUAUUCAUCUAGAACUAAAUGGAGGGGGGAGGACAAGCUAAAUGUUCAAAGGCUACAGCCAUGGGAGCUCCACCCUUUCCUGAGAAGCCCCCAGUUUUACAAUUUUUCCACCAGCAGCAUGUAUUUGGGUGAGAAUGGGGAACUGGCAGCCAACUUGGAUGUUGUGAACUGGGUGGUGUUUCCCAAUAACUCCGUCCUUUGGGUGAAGUUUGGCAAUAUCAACAGGCAAGGAUCCCCAAGCCCACAGCUCACCAUUGAUCAGGACGCCAUUGUGUGGCCCAAAUGGCUCAACCAGACCUUGCCUCCUUCCAGGUGUGUGGAAAGCUGCCACCCUGGAUUCAACAAGGUGGUUCGGGAAGGAAAUCCAAUUUGCUGCUAUGACUGCAUUCCCUGCGCGGAAGGGACCAUCUCCACUCUGGAAGAUGCAGAGCACUGUAUGAAAUGCCCAGAAGAUCAAUAUCCAAACAAGGCCCAAGAUCGAUGUGUCCUCAAGAUUAUCACCUUCCUGGCUUAUGAAGAACUUUUGGGGAUCCUCCUGGCUUCCUUUGCCCUAUUUUUGUCUUUGAUAACUGGCUUUAUGUCAGGAAUUUUCGUUAAAUUCCUGAAAACUCCAAUAGUCAAAGCUAACAACCAGGACCUUUCCUUCAUCCUCCUCAUUUCCCUGCUGCUUUCCUUUUUGUCUUCUUUCCUGUUCAUUGGUCGGCCAAGAAAAGUGACCUGCCUUCUCCGACAAACUGUCUUCAGCGUUAUCUUCUCAGUUGCUGUCUCUUCUGUGUUGGCAAAAACCAUCACUGUGGUGCUGGCCUUUCUAGCUACAAAGCCUGGGAACAGGGUGAGGAAAUGGCUGGGGAGGAGUCUGGCCAACUCCAUUGUCAUUUCCUGUUCCAGUGCCCAAGUUGUCAUCUGCACCAUGUGGCUGGGGACCCAUCCCCCAUUCCCAGAGUCAGACAUGCAUUCCCAACCUGGAGAGAUCAUCCUGCAAUGCAAUGAAGGGUCUGUCACCAUGUUUUAUGGUGCCCUCAGUUACAUGGGCUUCCUGGCUGCCAUCUGCUUCACAGUGGCUUUCCUAGCCAGGAAGCUGCCUGGGGCCUUCAAUGAAGCCAAGCUGAUUACCUUCAGCAUGCUGGUCUUCUGCAGUGUUUGGGUCUCCUUUGUGCCCACCUACUUGAGCACAAAGGGGAAAUACAUGGUAGCCGUGCAGGUCUUCUCCAUCUUGGCCUCCAAUGCUGGGCUUCUGGGCUGCAUCUUCAUUCCGAAGUGCUACAUUAUUUUACUCAGGCCAGAUCUGAAUACAAAGGAGCACCUGACCACCAAGCAAAAGUAG